AUGCUACUUUUAUAUAGAAAUAAUAUACUAAAAAAUUGGUUAAAACUAAAUAAUAGAAUUUUAAUUUAUAAUAAAUAUUUGGAAAAUGUAAAUAUAUGUAGGGUAAUUAAAAAGAAUUAUGGGAUUUCAAAUCAAAUAAAGAAAUGUUGUAGUAAUGAAGAAAUAAUUAAGCAUAUAAAAAACGAAUAUGAUAUUAACUCUGAUUUAAUUGAUUUAAAUAUAAAAAAAACUAAUGAGAAAAAUAUUUAUGAAAUAAGUAAUAGAUGGAGUAAUUUCUUUAAAUGCGAAAAAAGUCUAUAUAAUGUAAUAAAUAAAUAUUUAAAGACAAAUAAAAUGGAUAGUUAUUUACAUAAUUAUUUGAAGUUCAUGAAUAAUGAGGAAUUAAACAGAGCAGAGGAUUGUAAAAAUAAAAAUAUUUAUGAAACAGAGGAAGAAAUUAAAAAUAUAUUAAUAUAUAUAAUGACUUUUUACUAUAAAAAUGUUCGUGAUUUUAAUAUAAUAUCUUUAUUAAGUGAAAAUUUAACGAAGUUAUUAAAAAAAUUAAAUUCUGAUUACAAAAAUAAACAUUUAAUUUUUACAAUUUUUGAAGUAUAUAAUUAUAUAAAAGCUAUGAAUGACGAAUUAUUUUCUAUUCUUUUUGAUUUAUUAAAUAAUUAUUAUAUAACAUCAAGAAUGGAAAAUAUAAAUGAUGAUGAACUUUUACUUAUUUUAAAGACACUUUAUAAUCAGAAGUAUAAAAAUCAUUUACUAGUUAAUACAAUUAUAGAUUAUAUAAAAAAUUCUUCUAAUUUAAAUUCAGAUGUUAUAGUGAACUCCUUUUUUUAUUUAUCUUUAUUAUCAAGAAUGGAUGUUUCUUUAAUUAAUAAAAUUCAUACUCAUAUGUUUUAUGUGGAUAAUAAGAAAAAAAUCUCACAAUGUAAUAAAGAAAAAAGAAUAGAACAAAUCGAAGAGAAAUUCUUAAAUCAGUUAGAAAGUGAAAAUGGAGUAGAAACAAAUAACAAAAAAAAAAUUACAAACAGUCUAAUAGAAAAUAUACAAAACAAAAACUUAAAAAAUCAAAAUGAAGAAGUCUUAGAAAUUGAUAUAAAUAAUGUUGACAGUGUUGAUGAUAUAAAAUUAAAAAUAAAUUUAUCAGCAUUAUGUUGUUCAAAAUUAUUAUAUGCUUAUUUUGCCUUGGGUGAAGAUUACAUAAAUUGGUUUAUAAUCCAUAAAUUACUUAUAAUAUUAUGUAAAAAGUUAAGUGACGAAAGUAUUUUGAAAAAAGAGAAAAAAAUGCAUGAAAUGUUGUGCGUUAUAAGGAGUUAUUUAAGAUAUAAUAAAAGAAAUUUUUAUAACGUCUUACCAAAAGAUAUAAAAAAAAAAUUAAAAGAGGUAUAUAUUAUGGAUAUAAAGGAAAAAAAAAUUAAUGAAAGAAAUUUUGUUGAAAAGUUAUCGUGGCAUUUAAAAAAACUUCGCAUUCCUCAUAUUAAAAAUGUAUAUAAAGGAGGAAUAAUAUUUGAUAUUUUAGAAAAAGAUAAAAAAUUAGUAUGGUUAUGUUUUUCAUACCAUCAUUAUUAUGUAAAAACCAUUGAUUUAACUAUUGAAAAAUUAUUACAUAUUAAUAUAAUUAAAUCAAUGAAUUAUAAAAUAGCAAAAAUACAUUACUAUCAAUUUUCUAGAAUGAAAGCUAGAAAAACUAGAUUUGAAUAUAUAAGGAUGUGUAGAUACUAUGCUUUGCGUGAUAGAAGAAAUUUUGAUGAUGAAAUUGAAGGAUGGAAUUUGCCUUACAUAAAUUGGUACCAUAAAAAAAAUAAAAAUGUUCAUAUAUCAAAUUAUUUUUAUAAUUAUAAACCAGUGUCAGAAAUGGAUUACUAA